AUGUAUUAUUUAACAUUUUUGAAUUUCUUUGUAUUAAUUAUUACUAUGUGUAAUAAUUCAAUAAAAUGUUUAAAAAAAAAAGAAAUCUUAAAUGGAGAUUUAAAAAUAUUAAUCGGGAAUUUAAAUGAAACUAUAACAUUAAACUGUGAUAAUUAUAAAAGCAUUCAUAUUUUAGAUGCAAGUUAUGGAAAUCCGUCAAUUGAUAAAUUUUUGAUAAAAAAAGAUUCAUUAGAUGCACCACAUACAUUACCAGUUGUUCAAAUGAUUUGUGAAGGAAGAACAAAUUGUGAUAUAAAUAUAAAUAACGAUACAUUCAAAAUAUUAUCUUUGAUAAAAGAUUUUCAUAAAUUUAUUGUAAAAUAUUCUUGUGUGUCUACUAAAUUAAAAACUUUCCCUUCAUAUAAAAUAAAAUCUAAAAGAGGAGAUAAUUAUACAUGGAAUAUUGAGUUUGAAGCUGAUGAAAUAUCAAAUAAGGGAAUAUAUCUUCAUGUUAAUGAUGUAAAUGCAACUUGUGAUUCCCCCUUGCUUAAAAAAAAUUAUUUAGAUGUAAACGAGGCAGAACAAGAAUGUAAUAGCUUAAAUAGUUGUGUAUUUAUAAUUUUUAAUAAUGAUGGCUAUAUAUUGUGUGAAUCAUCUUUUUACAAAAAUACCGUAAUUCAAAAAAACGCUAAGAUUUAUAUUAAAAUGUCUUACAUACAUGGAAACUUACCUAAGAAUUUUGAAGUAUUUCCUAAUUUACAAGGAGUUUGUGAGACUAGUGAAAUUAUAUAUGAGAAAGACGAAGCUAUGAAUUUAGAUGAUAUUUAUAAAAAAUGUAAAGAAAUUGAAUGUGAUUAUUUCACGAUGUCCACUGCCAAUGGUGUAAAAGGAGCAUCUAAAAACUUCCGCAAUCAUGCUUGGUUUUGUAAAGGAUUUCCUAAAUAUGUUUCUCAUGAGGGAUUUAUUUUCGGAAAAAAUAAUAAAAAUUCAAGUGAUCCUAAGCAAAGAAUAAUAUUCAAAGGUUAUGAGGGUCCUUUGCGAUGA